GCCUGAAAUACAUUGAAAUUGGGCCUUGCUAUGUUUCCGACGGUGAGAAAUAAUGGAGAAUUAGAUGGAUUUUGUUCAUUCUUCGAGUGCAUUUUCUCCCGCGGGUGAACUUCAGUUUACUGAGGAAGAAAUCUCAAUUUGUGCAAUCGACUUUCAAGGAACAUAUUAGAAAUGAAGUUCAUUAUGGAGUUUGCUGAGGAUUUGGUAUUGAGACUUAUGGAAGAUCCAAAAGAGAGGGAUCGCAGAUUCAGAGAGCACGUAUAUGCGGUCAAGGAUCGGUGCCAAAAGACGAAGGAGAUGUGGAGCUUACCUCUUCGUCCUUAUGGAUUUUGGACGUUUGACCGCCACAAUUCUCAGCUGAAGUGGGACCCACAAAUUAGUCAAGUUCCUGGUAGGAGGGAUCCUUAUGAUGAUUUGCUUCAGGACUUCAACAAUAACUCCAAGUGAUAUAUGAAGUAAUGCCUCUACUUCUAAGAUUUGGUCGUGUGUACAAAAGUCGCUUUUGUUGAUGAGCUAACUCAGUUAGUCAGAGUUCUUAUAAUGUUAUCAUAUCCUCCAAGUAGGAAAAGGGAUUAUUUGAGUUUGGGAGAGUGAUAUCUCUAGUUAAAUUCCCCUGAUGUGGUUGUUCAAAUACUAUGCAGAAUAUUUGCAAGAGCUCCAUAUUUGGUGGUGGAAACUGGGAAGCUCUCAAGCAAUUUGUUUGAACCUUUGUUUAUUGCUGUUUAAUUUCUCGUGCUGUUAAGGAAGCACUUUGUGGGUUUGUAUUGUCAAACAGAGAUUUUGGUGAUGGAAUAAACGUGUCUUUUAGCUCAUAAGACUUGUAUUUCAAGUUGGUGAAUUUGGGGAACCGAUCCCAUCAUUUCGUAUUAGUGUUUUAUGUAUACAUCACUUGGAAUUUCUUCUUAUAGUUUAUAUUGAUAUCAACUGUGAUUCAUGGA